AUUACGGAGGGGACAGAUUGGCUUUACAACAUCAUAUAUUUAAAUACAUAUGGCAAAGUAACUUUUCGGCUCCAGUUAACGAAAAAUUAGAAACUGGUGCAAUGGUUUUAGAUUUUGGUUGUGGAACAGCUACCUGGCUCAUAGAUUUAUCAUCACAGUAUCCAAAGUCAACAUUUUUUGGAGUCGAAAGACCCUCUUCAGUACUUCGUAACCUAACUCUAUCGGUACCAUCAAGCGUUUCACUUCAAUACUGUGACAUUUUAUCCAAACUUCCAUUCGAGGAUGAAACAUUUGAUUUUAUAUAUGUGCGAUUUAUGGCUUCUGAAAUACCUAAUAAUAAAUUUAAAGAUAUAAUAAAUGAAUUGACAAGAAUUUUAAAAAUUGAUGGAUAUUUGGAAAUUAUGGAUGUUGAUGUUCGAGGUUGUAACGAAGGAAUAGAAACACAAGAAUUUAUGUCUUCAGGAAAUAAUCCUCUCAUAACAGAAGGUCUAGAACCUUUACUCCAUUCCAAUUCUCACCUAACCUCUAUAACUACUGAAAAGCAAGUUUACCCAAUUGGUAAUUGGGAUAAUCCUAUUGAUGAGUAUGAUAGAAAGCUUUUAAAAAUUAAAGAGGAGGUCAACUUCUUUCAAACCUAUUGGAAUAGCAUGAGG